AUGGCUCCGGCCGGGAUGCAAGGGGGAUAUCAAUCAACACAGCAACAAACAACAUCAGCCGGCAAUCUAUACCAGAUGGGUGGCAUGGUUCCCGAUGUUGACGAGGAUGGUCCUACGCCUCAGGUGCCCGAGCAGUACAAGCAGCGCAACUGUAGCCAGAAGUUCAUGCGCUGCACCCUCUCGGCCGUGCCCAAUAAGAAGAGUCUGUUGCAGAAGGCUAAGCUACCCUUUGGUAUACACAUCCAUCCGUACACGGAGAUGACGGCUGAGGAAAUGCCUGUCGUGCAGUCCAACGUCAUUGUCAGGUGCCGUUCGUGCCGCACCUACAUCAACCCGUUUGUGGCCUUUUUGGACCAAGGGCGACGGUGGAGGUGCAAUAUCUGCAUGCGCACAAACGAUCUUCCACAGGAUUUCGAUUUCGACGCCAAGACUCGCCAACCGAUCGACCGCAUGCAGCGCCCAGAGAUGAACCAUGCCAUUGUGGAGUACAUUGCUCCUCAAGAGUAUAUGGUCCGACCCCCGCAACCAGCCGUGCACAUGGUACUACUAGACGUAUCCCAGAAGUCUGUGCAGUCCGGCCUGGUGCACACGGUGGUCAACUCACUACGCGAGAACUUCCUCAACCUCCCCGGCGACGACCGGCGGAUGUUCGGUCUCAUCACAUACGACAGCACGCUGCACUUCUACAAGCUCAACCACACCCUCUCUCAGCCACACAUGUUUGUGGUGAGUGAUGUGGAUGAGGUGUUCAUGCCAUCGCCCACAGACUUGCUAGUCAAUGUCAAGCAGAGUGCGGAUAUCAUCACUAACUUGUUGGAGAGACUGCCGACUAUGUUCACUGCCACGACGAAUCAGAAGACCUGCCUGGGCCCGGCGUUGCAGGCUGCACAGAAGCUGGUGUCACCCACAGGUGGUCGUAUCAUGGUGUUCCAGUGCGGUUUACCAACCGACGGCGUGGGCAAAUGCGACAGACAAGAGAAUGCCUCACUAAGGGGUUCUGCAAAGGAAUUCCAACAGUUGGAACCAUCCAACGACUUCUACAAACGCUUAGCCGUGGAGUGUUCGCGUCAACAGAUUGGCGUUGAUACGUUUUUGUGCGGCUCGGGCUAUCAGGAUGUUUCCACCAUUGCCUGUGUUUCCAAAUUCAGCAGUGGUACCUGCUUCUACUACCCCGACUUCCACGCGGAACGGUAUCCAGCCAUGACCAAACGUUUACAACACGAACUGAAGCGUGUGCUCACUCGCCAGAUGGGGCUCGAGGCUGUGAUGCGAGUGCGUGCCUCUAGAGGACUGUCUGUUAACGCGUUUCACGGCAACUUCUUUGUGCGGUCGUCCGAUCUGUUGGCGCUGCCGUAUGUGUCGCCGGAUAACGCAUUUGCCAUGCAAGUACAGUACGAGGAUGAUCUCAAUGCAGGGGCUCUGUGCGCGUUCCAAUCCGCGCUACUGUAUACCACCACACACGGUGAGAGACGUAUCCGUGUGCACACCUUAGCACUGCCCAUUGUGGACAACGUCAAUGCCGUGUUCGCAGGAGCCGAUCAGAUGGCGCUGACUGGUCUGUUGGCGAAAAUGGCUGUGGAUAGAGCCUUGAUCUCCAAGCUUACGGAUGCCCGUGAGGCUAUUGUGAAUGUGCUGAUUGAUGCGUUGGGCGGCUACAGAGCGGAUAUGCGCGGCGGCGCUCCAGGCUUCCCCGCCCCAGCCAACCUUAUGGCUCUGCCCCAAAUGUUAUUGGGCGUACUCAAGCACCCAGGACUAAGACUUGGGGCUAUAACCAUGCUAGACCAACGGGCAGACGCACACAACCUCAUCAAGACCCUUCCGCUCAGUAACUUGUGCCGUUUCUUUAGUCCCCGGCUUUAUGCAUUGCACCAGAUGCCCGAGGAUGCAGGCACUGUGGGAGCGAACGGACAGAUUAUACUGCCGCCCACCAUUCCCCUGACCGCCGAGCGCUUGGAGCAUAACGGAGUGUACCUUAUUGAAUCAGGGAUCAACAUGUUCAUGUGGGUGACCAAGAAUGCGGCACCCGAAGUGUUGUAUGCGCUCUUUAAUGUACAGCACUUCGACCACCUGCAACCACACCGCGGCACGCAGACCCACCUGAUCGAGUCAACCCCCUGUUACGGCUUUAGUCCUAGCUGUUAUGCUGAGACGGUGUAG